AUGGAUAACAUACUACAGAAAGAAUCUNGGAUAACAUACUACAGAAAGAAUCUCAGGAAGGAAACAGCGUCAUCUGUUGCAUCUUCGGCUCUGGUCCAUGAGUCAAACCCGACAUCAGAUGGGAAGACGACAGUGAAUGACGAUUCAGACACAGCUCUAAAAAAUGUGAGUGAUACUAGAAAUAAUGGUGAAAAGGUGGUGAUUUCUGAACAUGAAACCCAGGCAGAGGAGACUAGUGAUCACAGUGGAAAUUCUGACAGUAUGAAGGAGUAUGAUGCUUCUCUUGAUCUUCCAAUAGCCCUAAGGAAAGAUACAGGGGUGAUACCGAGUAACAUACAGCAAGCAAUGGGAACUGAAGUUUGGAAGGCUGCUGCUAUGGAGGAGAUGAGGGCUCUGGAGAAAAAUGGAACAUGGGACCAGAGAUCGCCUCUGCAUCAGUUGGAUGUAAAGAAUGCCUUUCUCAAUGGAGAACUUAAGGAGAAAGUCUACAUGAAUCCUCUUCCCGGGUUUGAAGAUCAGUUCAAACAGCGAGUUUGCUGGCUGAGAAAAUUGCUAUACGGGUUGAAACGGUCUUCGAGAGCCUGGUUUGACAGAUUUGCCACCUUUGUCAAAGGACAAGGGUAUAUCCAAAGGCACUCAGAUCACACACUGUUUACAAAGAUGUCAACUUCAGGGAAGGUUGCAGUUCUCAUUGUGUACGUUGACGAUAUUGUGCUCUCCAGUGAUAAUGAUGAUGAAAUUAUAAAACUCAAAGCAAGGAUGACCAAAGGAUUUGAAAUUAAAGACCUUGGGAAGUUAAGAUACUUUCUCGGAAUGAAAGUAGCUCGGUCAAGGGAUGGAAUCUUAGUGUCCUAA